CUGUGUAGUUAGGGUAUAAAAGGCGGCCAUUGGGCCCUAGGCAGCCGGGGGACGUGUGGAGCUUCCCUGCUGCGGCCUCAAAAGGGUGGGCCGUGGUGGCUGGUCGUGGGGGGCUGGCCGCUCUUCCGCCCUAGGCUGGAGUGGCUGCUCCGUUUACAGAAAUCAAUUGCUAUAAAAAGCCAGUAUGGCUACAGGAGGAGGUCCUUUUGAGGAAGACAUGAAUAAUCCAGAUUUACCAAACUGGAGCAAUGAACUUGUAGAUGACCGUCUGAAUAAUAUGGACUGGAGCGGCCCACAAAAGAAGGCAAAUAGGUCAUCAGAAAAGAAUAAGAAAAAGUUGGUAGAAAGUGGUAAAAGGGUAACGAAUGAUAUUUCUCCGGAAUCCUCACCAGGAGUUGGAAGGCGAAGAACAAAGACUCCACAUACGUUCCCACACAGUCGAUACAUGACUCAGAUGUCUGUCCCAGAGCAGGCAGAAUUGGAGAAACUUAAACAACGAAUAAACUUCAGUGAUUUAGAUCAGAGAAGCAUUGGAAGUGACUCUCAAGGUAGAGCAACAGCUGCUAACAACAAACGUCAGCUUAGUGAAAACCGAAAGCCCUUCAACUUUUUGCCUAUGCAGAUUAAUACUAAUAAGAGCAAAGAUGCUACUACAAGUCCUCCAAAGAGAGAAACCAUUGGCUCAGCACAAUGUAAGGAGUUAUUUGCCUCUGCUUUAAGUAAUGACCUUUUACAAAACUGUCAAGUCUCUGAAGAAGAUGGGAGAGGAGAGCCUGCAAUGGAAAGCAGCCAGAUUGUAAGCAGGCUUGUCCAAAUUCGUGACUAUAUUACUAAGGCUAGUUCCAUGCGGGAAGAUCUUGUGGAAAAAAAUGAAAGAUCUGCUAAUGUUGAGCGUCUUACUCAUCUAAUAGAUCAUCUUAAAGAACAAGAAAAGUCAUAUAUGAAAUUUCUCCAAAAAAUCCUUGCUAGAGAAAAUGAGGAGGAGGAUGUUCGGACUGUAGAUUCAGCUGUGGGAUCUGGUUCUGUAGCUGAGAGCACAUCGCUAAACAUAGAUGUGCAGUCUGAGGCUUCAGAUACCACGGCCAGGGAUCCUCAGCAGGAGCCCAUGGAAGAGAUAGAAAAUUUGAAGAAACAACAUGAUUUAUUAAAAAGGAUGUUGCAACAGCAGGAGCAGUUGAGAGCUCUGCAGGGACGACAGGCUGCUCUCCUGGCUCUGCAACAUAAAGCGGAGCAGGCCAUUGCUGUGAUGGAUGAUUCUGAAAAGACCACAGGAACAACCUCUGACCAUCAAACCAUACCGGGCAGACAGACAGCUCAUUCUUCUUUUCAUCAGAGAGAACCUGUAAGAGUUGUAACAGAAACUACAGGUAGUUUAUCAGGAAUCAGUAUAACAUCUGAAUUAAAUGAAGAAUUAAAUGAUUUGAUUCAGCGUUUUCAUAAUCAGCUUCGAGAUUCUCAGCCUCCAGCUGUUCCAGAUAAUAGAAGACAGGCAGAAAGUCUUUCAUUAACUAGGGAGGUUUCUCAAAGCAGAAAUCCAUCCAUUUCAGAACAUUUGCCUGAUGAGAAAGUCCAACUUUUUAGUAAAAUGAGAGUGUUGCAGGAAAAGAAACAAAAAAUGGACAAAUUGCUUGGAGAACUUCACACACUUCGGGAUCAGCAUUUAAACAAUUCUUCAUUUGUGCCUUCUUCAGCCUCCCCUCAAAGGAGUACAGAUCAAAGAAGUACAUCGUCAGCUCCCUCUGCCCCUGGCGCCUUGGCAACAGUUGUGAAUGGAGAACCCACUGGCCUCACAUCUUCUGUUCCUUAUCCAACUGCUGCUCUCGUUUCUCAGAAUGAAAGUGAAAAUGAAGGGCAUCUAAAUCCAACUGAAAAACUCCAGAAGUUAAAUGAAGUUCAAAAGAGAUUGAAUGAACUCAGAGAACUGGUUCAUUAUUAUGAACAAACAUCAGAUAUGAUGACAGAUGCUGUAAAUGAGAACACAAAAGAUGAGGAAACUGAAGAGUCAGAAUAUGAUUCUGAGCCUGAAAAUUCUGAACCUGUUACUAACAUUCGAAAUCCUCAGGUAACUGCCACUUGGAAUGAAGUAAACUGUAAUACUAAUGCGCAGUGUAUUUCUAAUAAUAGAGAUGGGAGAUCAUUUAAUUCUAAUUGUGAAAUUAACAACAGAUCUGCUACCAACAUAAGAGCUCUAAACAUGCCUCCUUCUUUAGACAGUCGAUAUAACAGAGAGGGAGAACAUGGGAUUCACGUUGGACAAGGUGAUGAUGAGGAUGAGGAUGAGGAUGAGGAUGGAGAAGAAGUCAGUGGAGCUUCAUUAUCUAGUCAUCGCAGCAGUGUGGUUAAUGAGGUUCCAGAGGAUGCUGAAUUUGAGCAUAAGAUCAAUAGACUUAUGGCUGCAAAACAGAAACUUCGACAAUUACAAGAUCUUGUUGCAAUGGUACAGGAUGAUGAAGCUGAUCAAGGGGUUAUCUCAGCCAAUCCUUCAAACCUUGAUGAUUUCUACCCAGCAGAAGAUGACACAAAACAAAAUCCAAAUAACACUCGUGAAAAUGCCAAUAAAACACAGAAAGAUGUUGGAGUAAAUGAAAAGGAAAGAGAGAAAUUUUAUGAGGCUAAACUACAGCAGCAACAGAGAGAGCUCAAACAAUUGCAGGAAGAAAGAAAGAAACUGAUUGAGAUUCAAGAGAAAAUUCAAGCGUUGCAAAAGGCAUGUCCUGACCUACAGCUGUCAGCUACGAGUGUGGGUAGUUGUCCCAUCAAAAAUUAUCUGCCAGUUGUUACUUCAACUCCAACUGUUCGUGAAAAUGAAACUAGUACAAGCAAAUCUGUGUUUGAACCUGAAGACGCUGCAGUCGUAGAUAAUGAGCUCUGGUCAGAAAUGCGAAGACAUGAAAUGUUAAGGGAAGAGCUGCGGCAGAGAAGAAAGCAGCUAGAAGCUCUGAUGGCUGAACAUCAGAGGAGGCAAGGUCUAGCUGAAACGACAUCUCCAGUUGCUAUUUCAGUCAGAAGUGAUGGAUCUGAGAACUUGUGUACUCCUCAGCAAAGCAGAACAGAAAAAACAAUGGCAACUUGGGGAGGGUCCACCCAGUGUGCACUGGAUGAAGAAGGAGAUGAAGAUGGUUACCUUUCUGAAGGAAUCAUUCGAAUGGAUGAAGAGGAGGAAGAAGAGGAGCAAGAUGUCAGUUCCAAUGAUAACUUUUCUGUGUAUCCUAACAGUGUGAAUCAUAAUUCCUAUAAUGUAAAGGAAACAAAAAAUAGGUGGAAGAACAAUCGCCCCUUUUCCGCAGAUGGUAAUUACCGUCCUUUGGCCAAAACAAGGCAACAGAAUGUCAGCAUGCAGCGCCAAGAAAACCGUUGGGUGUCAGAACUUUCUUACAUAGAAGAGAAAGAACAGUGGCAAGAACAAAUUAAUCAGUUAAAGAAACAGCUUGAUUUCAGUGUCAGUAUUUGUCAAACUCUGAUGCAAGAUCAGCAGACACUGUCUUGUCUACUACAGACUCUUCUCACAGGUCCUUACAGUGUUAUGCCCAGCAAUGUUGCUUCUCCUCAAGUACACCUUAUAAUGCACCAGUUGAACCAGUGCUAUACUCAGCUAACAUGGCAACAAAAUAAUGUUCAGAGAUUGAAACAAAUGUUAAAUGAACUUCUGCGGCAACAAAAUCAGCACCCUGAAAAACCUGGAAGCAAAGAACGAGAUGGUAGUUCAUCUCACCCUCCAUCUCCUAGCUUAUUUUGUCCCCUCAGCUUUCCAACCCCGCCUGUCAAUCUAUUUUCCUUACCUGGAUUUACUAAUUUUUCAUCAUUUACACCAGGUAUGAAUUUCAGCUCUUUAUUUCCUUCUAAUUUUGGAGAUUUUUCUCAGAAUGUGUCUACACCUACUGAACAGCAACAGCCAUUAAUCCAAAACCCUUCAGGGAAAACAGAAUAUAUGGCUUUUCCAAAGCCUUUUGAAAGCAGUUCUUCUGUUGGAGCAGAAAAACAAAGGAAUCAAAAGCAGCCUGAAGAGGAGGUGGAAAACAGUAGACCACCAUGGUUAUAUGGCCAAGAAGGUGAUGUAGAAAAACCAUUUAUUAACACUGGAUUUGCAACGUCUGCAGAGAAAGCUGCAAAUAGUCAUCGCAAAAAUCAUUUAGACAUUGGCAGAAGACGCCAGUUUGAUGAAGAAUCAUUAGAAAGUUUUAGCAGCAUGCCUGAUCCAGUAGAUCCAACAACAGUAACUAAAACAUUCAAGGCAAGAAAGGCAUCUGCUCAGGCCAGCCUGGCAUCUAAAGAUAAAACUCCCAAAUCAAAGAGUAAGAAGAGGAAUUCUACCCAACUGAAAAGCAGAGUUAAAAAUAUUGGGUAUGAAAGUGCCAGUAUGUCUAGCACAUGUGAACCUUGUAAAAGUAGGAACAGACUUUCAGCGCAGACUGAAGAACCUGUUCAAGCAAAAGUGUUCAGCAGAAAGAAUCAUGAGCAACUGGAAAAAAUAAUAAAAUAUAGUAGGUCAACCGAAAUAUCUUCAGCACAUGCUAGGAGAAUACUACAGCAGGCUAACAGAAUUGCAUGCAGUGAAGCACCAGAAACUGGGAGUGAUUUUUCCUUAUUUGAAGCCUUGCGGGAUACUAUUUAUUCUGAAGUAGCAACAUUAAUUUCUCAAAAUGAGUCUCGUCCACAUUUUCUUAUCGAACUCUUUCAUGAACUUCAGCUACUUAAUACAGACUACUUGAGGCAGAGAGCUUUGUAUGCUUUGCAGGAUAUAGUAUCCAGACAUAUUUCUGAGAGUCAUGAAAAAGAAGAGGAAAAUAUGAAGUCUGUGAAUUCUGGCACUUGGAUAGCAUCAAACUCAGAACUUACUCCCAGUGAAAGUCUUGCUACGACUGAUGAUGAAACCUUUGAGAAGAACUUUGAAAGAGAAACACAUAAUAUAACUGAUCAGAAUGAUGUUGAUAAUGCUAGUGUCAUAUCUGUGUCUUCAAAUUUUGAGCCUUUUGCAACAGAUGACCUGGGUAAUACUGUAAUCCACUUAGAUCAAGCAUUAGCUAGAAUGAGGGAAUAUGAGCGUAUGAAGACGGAAGCUGACUGCAACCCAGAUAUAAAAUGCACCUGUAGGGUUCUUGAAGAUGAAGAUGGUGUUGAUGGCACUGCUACAAUGAAUAAUUUAGAAGAAGCUCCCAUUAUUGAAAAUCAUAGUUCACAACAACCUGUAAGUGACGUUUCUAACGUCCCUUGCCCUAGAAUUGAUACACAGCAGCUGGACCGGCAAAUUAAAGCAAUUAUGAAAGAAGUCAUUCCUUUUUUGAAGGAGCACAUGGAUGACGUAUGCUCUUCUCAACUUCUAACUUCAGUAAGGCGCAUGGUUUUGACUCUUACCCAGCAAAAUGAUGAGAGCAAAGAGUUUGUAAAGUUCUUUCAUAAGCAACUUGGAAGUAUAUUACAAGAUUCACUGGCAAAAUUUGCUGGCAAAAAACUGAAGGACUGUGGAGAGGAUCUUCUUGUUGAAAUAUCUGAAGUGCUGUUUAAUGAAUUGGCUUUCUUUAAGCUCAUGCAAGAUUUGGAUAAUAAUAGUUUAACUGUUAAACAGAGAUGCAGAAGGAAAAUAGAAGCAGCCGGAGUAAUACAGUCUUAUGCCAAAGAGGCCAAAAAGAUUCUUGAAGGAGAUCAUGGCUCACCUACUGGAGGGAUUGAUGAUGAAGAUAAAGACAAGGAUGAGACUGAAACACUUAAGCAGACUCAAACAUCUGAGUUAUAUGAUGGUGAAGGUCCCAAGAAUGUGAGAUCUGAUGUUUCUGAUCAAGAGGAAGAUGAAGAAAAUGAAGGAUGCCUACUGUCUAUUAAUUUGUCUAAAGCUGAGACUCAGGCUUUGACGAAUUACGGAAGUGGAGAAGAUGAGAAUGAGGAUGAAGAAAUAGAAGAAUUUGAAGAGGGACCGGUGGAUGUGCAGACCUCACUUCAGGCUAACACUGAAACGACUGAAGAAAAUGAGCAGCAUCAGGUUUUACCACAUGACUUUGAAAAAACAGCAGAAAGCAAAAAUGUUCCAUCAGAACACGAAAACCAAGAUAGCAGCCCUGUGAAACCCUGUUACCUCAAUAUCUUGGAAAAUGAGCAACCUCAAAACAGUGCUGUCCAUGAGGACACACUUGCUACCAAUGAUUCAUCUAAACAGCCGAAUCCUUUGCCAUUACCUUUAACUGAAAUUGAAACCUUAGUGCCUCGAGUCAAAGAAGUUAAAUCUGCUCAGGAAACGCCUGAAAGCUCUCUGGCUGGCAGUCCUGAUACUGAAUCACCUGUGUUAGUCAAUGACUAUGAAGCAGAAUCUGGUAACAUAAGUCAAAAAUCUGAUGAAGAAGACUUUGUGAAAGUUGAAGAUUUGCCACUUAAACUGACAAUAUAUUCAGAGGCAGAUCUCAGGAAGAAAAUGGUAGAAGAGGAGCAUAAUAACCAUUUACCUGGGGAAAUAUGUGAAAAACAAACUGAAGAAUUAGCUGGGAAUUCUCAAAAACUAAAAGAACCUGAAACGGUGGGAGCCCAAAGUAUAUAAGACGUCUUCAGAAGCUCAUCUAACUCUCCUUACAUGUCAAUGCGUAUAUGAAAAUGGCACUAAAUAAACAUCUGUUUUGAUCUGUAUAAAAAUGUAAAUUAGUUUCACACUGCAUUUCUAAUAGGUGUACUAAUUUCUGCCCAUGGCAGUUUAAAACAUCAGAAAUUGAAUUCUGCAGAUUCAAGCCUUGAUAUACACUGUGCUUUCUCUUUCAUUUGCUUCCUCCCCCGUCCCCAUCUUAAUGAUUUUUUUACGCUAUUGUGUGGUGUUGAGUAAUGUUAAAUUUUAAAUGUAGUUUUAAAUAAAGUUUGGACUUGUCUGUAAAGCAUCUUUUUGAAAUUAUGUUGAAUUCUACACAGCAAGUCACUGUUCUAUAUUAAUUAGCUAUUCAGAGAAGAAAAUGGUAAAGAGUCAAGAGUUUAAAAAAAUAAUGCUAUUUAUUAUAAAGCCCAGCCAUUGCUAUUUUCCAUUCGGCGAGGCUUUCUGCUAAUGCCAGUGUUGCUGCUAUUGGGUCUUCUUGUCUUUGAGCAUAUACUUGUCCUAUUCUUGUGCAAGAAUUGGGCAAGUUAUGAAGAUAUCCAGGAUAUCUGUGAGGUUAUUGUAGGAUAUAUAUUAAUACUUUAUUCAGAUUGGGUUAAAACAUUUAGAAUACAUGUCUAUAGUACCUAGAGUUUAAAUAAUUAUCUAUUAGGUUAAAUACUAAUAUGUUGCAGAAUUUCAAUUUGUCACUUUAAAAUGAAUAAGAAAAGGCUUUAUAUAAUUAGUAUUUCUGCACAGACAAGUAACAUUGUGAUUAAUUUUAAAUGAAAAACCAAAUUCUUCAAGGGACUAAUAGAGCUAAACUUAUAUAUAUAGCACAGUAAGUUUCUGCAUAUGUUCAGAUAAGCCUUUCCUUUGCGAGAUGAUGGUAUAAGACCAAAGCACAGCAGUGACUCUCCUGUGUGGUAGGAGAUAGUAGGUUUUCAGGUGAACUACUGAGGAAAGAAAUCUGUGAUUUCAUUAUCAUGAAGUAAAUCAACUUAUAAAAGAUGGUUUACUUUUAUACUCCAAACUCACCAUAUUCUCUUUAAGUCAUCAUAGAUCAUAUUCCAUUCAAGGAAGACUAUGGAUUCUUCUGUGAAUGAAAUCUGGUUAGUUACAAGUCUUUUAUCUAAAGUAACAACUAACUGAAAUAGCCUAUAGGAAAACAUUGCGAUUAGUAUUCCCUUAAAAUACUUAUUUGAUACCUCACUAUAACACUAUGGCCAGCCAGAGAAUAUUAGAUUAUUUCUCUAAGAGGACAUUUUAAGUAUAUAACUAAAAUUAUGUGAGACUCUAUCUCCAAAUUUAAUAAAACCUUCAGAAAAUAACCAACCCAAAAUAAAGAAUUCUUAUCUAACUGGCCUUACUUACUUCAGGGAAAUUGAAACAAUAAGUUACAUUAUAUAUAUACUCAAAUUCUAUAUUUGUUGUCUAGACUCUAAAUAAGAAAAGGGGAAAGCUUUGUUUUGAUACUCGAGCCAAGCCUUCCCUGUUGCAGCUAUCUCUCUGCAUGUAUAUUAAAGAUAGAUCCAGUGGAAGACAUACUUAAACCUUAAUUAUUAGUGCAGUACCUAUUAAGAUUACUUAUUUGACUUGUGUUACAGCUGCUGUUAGCUAGUCUGUUAUUUUAUUUUUUUAGUUUUAAAAUGCCAAUGACUUGAGAGCUGAUAAAUUGCUUAAUAUGUUUUCCUUAAUAACUACUGCUAAACACUAAGGCAUUAAAUAUUCUUGUUUGCCGAGGGAGAAAUGGUUUAAAUGAGUAAGAACCCUAUGCAGAAGAGAUAAUGCCGGAAUUGAGGUAGCCAGACUGUGGAAGUCCUCUUUGUAUUUUAUAACGUUCACCUUGGAUAAACUGCUUUUUCACUUGUCAAUAAAUGUAUAUCCUACCUUCA